AUGGUGAAAUUGGAGUCUCUUUUGACCCUCCUGUCCUUGUCCGCCUCCCAGGUGGCAGCCCGGCCCGCCUCUCCCGGUCAAACCAAGUAUACUCUCGAUAAUAUCCGUCCCUUGACAGACUUUUCCUCUGGUCUAACGAAAUGUUGUCCAGAGGGAACCGAAUUUGACGGCAAGGAUUGCGUGUUGGGUGUCCCUCUGUGUCCUGAGGGCUUUACCCGCAAUGAGGACAAGUGUGUGUCCAACGUGAAGCCUAUCUGUCCGGAUGGCAGUGAAUUCAACGGCAAUAUCUGUGUCGCGACCAUACCUCCCGUUUGCCCCCCGGGCACCGAGUUCAAAGGUCGGACGUGCGUUACAGGACCUGCAGCCUGCCCCGCUGGUCUGGAGCCUAAGGGCAAUAUCUGUCAAUCUAAGCAGACUCCUGCCUGCCCCGACAACUAUACUUUCAACGGAAAGACCUGUGUUAGUGUCCAGAUUCCCCAGUGUCCCAAUGGAUUGGAUUUCGGCAAUGGAAGCUGUAUUAGCGUCAGCUCCCCUGUGUGCCUCUCAGGCGCUGAAUUUCACGCUGCUUUUAAGGUGUGCGCCUCGACUUCUAGCCCCGCCUGCGAAGAGGGAAGCCACCUGAAAGAAUAUCAGUGCGUGUCUGAUAUCAAGCCUGCCUGUCCCGAUGAUAGCACCUUCAAUUCGCGUACCGCACGAUGUACCGCAUCUGAGAAGCCCUCUUGUGAACCCGGAUUUCAGCUGGAUCUGGUCAACAAGAAGUGUGUCCUCGAUGAGGAGCCUAAUUGUCCUCCUGGAAGCGAUCUAUCUACCGAUUUCACCUCCAACACCGCCCGUUGCUGCCCCGCUGAUAUGUCGUGGGACGGUAACAUAUGCGGUCUUGAGGUCGACCCGACCCAUGAAUGUCCUCCUGGCCUUACUCAAGUAGGCACAUUCUGCCAGAAACAGCCUAUUAAGGUCCCUGAAUGCCCGCCUGCCUCUAAGUUCAGCGGUAGUCGCUGUUUGUCGACGGAGCUUCCAGAAUGCCCCCCCGGGCAUCUCCUAGACGGCUCGAUCUGCAUCACCUCUAAGCAGCCGGAAUGCCCCCCUGGUCUAGUCCUCUCGGGCGAGAACUGCCUCUCUACCGCCGAAGUAAGCUGUCCGACCGGCACACGAUUUGAGAAGGGCAUUUGCAUCAGCAUCCAGCGGCCCGUCUGUGAGGACGGCUUUAUCUUCAAUGGCGAGGACUGCGUGUCAACCACCUCCACGCCAGAGUGCACCGAGGAGGGCGGCGUCUUUAACGGCGAGGAAUGUAUUACUCCCCACACCCCUGUCUGCUCCGAAGGCAUGACUUUCGACGGCACCCGCUGUAUUUCGACUAGCACUCCAGUUUGUCCCCCUAACGCUAUCCUCGACGGCCAAGGCGACUGCAUCACUACCUCUACGCCCAAAUGCCAGCCCGGAUCUAUCCUUGUCGCCGGCGGCUGCAUUGUCGGCGUCCCCACUUGUAUGAAGGGCACUGUCUUCGACGGUAAGCAGUGUAUCAGCCCUAAGGACCCCAAGUGUCCCGUUGACCACAAGUGGACCAACGGCCGCUGUAUCAAGCUGGUCGGCCUCGAGUGCGGCCCCGGCUACACUCCCUUCAACGGCGAGUGCAUCUCCGAAAACAAACCCGAGUGUCCCCCCGGCACCGACUUCGACGGCAAGGACUGUGUUGGAUCUGAGCCUCUUUGUGACGAAGGCCUAGUCUUCGACGGCGAGGAGUGCGCUCACCCCUCCGAGCCCGCAUGCCCACCCGCCAUGAAGUUCAACGGCAAGAAGUGUGUGGCUGAGAAGCUUCCAGAGUGUCAGCCCGGCACCGCCUUCAAGAAGACCACUAAGGAGUGUGUCGCUAUCUCAGCCCCCGAGUGUCCCACCGGCCAGGUCUUCAACGGUAAGCAGUGUGCCUUGGCCUCGGGUGACUGCAUGAACUUCGAGUACUGCCCCUCCGCUGGUAUGCCUGCAUGCGGUGAUAGUGCGAUCUUUGAUACCACCACUGGUAUGUGCGCGGACUUUUAG